AUGGUUUGCGCAAAUUUCAACAAUGCGAUUGUCCUGUUCGUUAUCUUUACACUCGCUUUUCUCUCUGUCGCUCAGAGCUUGCCUCCGAUUCCUCCACCAGACGGAUCCAUGGGUACUCAGACUACCAAGUCAUCGAGAACAUUAAUCACCAGUCUGGUGGAUUCGAGCCCACUGUCCACCCUUACAAUUGUGGCUCCUGCAACAACCUCCACCGUCUCUUACACUUCGACUUCAACUUCUACCUCUGUUUUGACUUUCACCUCGACUCCUGUCUCAACCUCAAAGUCUAGCACCGUCACUACCGCUUCGUCUUCCACUUCCGUUUCGAACUCGGUUCCUAUUACUGACUCUAGCUCCACUUCCACUUCCACCAGUGGUACACAGACCAAGAGUAAGCUCUUCACGGCCGUUAUGUGUAUUAAUUUAAUAGUUGCUAAUUGGAUUGAUUUAGGCAACCCUAGCAACACCGCAAGUCCAACUCAGAGCUUUGGACUAAAAGGCAUGGACACAGAUUGCUUCUUAAUAACGGUUUACAGUUGUUUUGGGAUUGCUUGUCAUUCUGGAAUUCUUCAUUUAAUGUAA